AUGGAGGUCCGGUUGGACAACCAGCUUGCGCUUUUCCGGCCUGGCGACUGGGUCACGGGCGAGGUGGUGCUCAAGGUCUCGGAGCCGUUUGAAAUCAAGGACAUCGUGGUGCUGCUUCUGGGAGAAACGGAGUCAUGCAACUUCCAGCACGACGAUAACCGGAGGAGAAUGAGUGGAAGCACCCGUUUUCGCCUUUUCGAGCUUUCCCAUAGGGUUUUUCCAAAAACGCACAAUUCCACGCACAAUUCUGAUCGCUACGAGUUGGACAAGGGUAUCCACAAGUUCCGCUUUGACCUAGCGUUUCCAGCUACCCAGGUGGAAGCACGGUGUGUGAUGCAAUUUGACUGGAACAGGCUGUAUUUGCAGACGCAGUUAUGGAGGAAUACGGCCGAAUUGGCGCCUGGGUCGCUCACAUCGACGGAUCUCCCGCCUUCGUUCAAUACUAUCUUCGGCAUGGACAGCUACGCUGCAGUGAAAUACACUGUGGUUGCUUCGGUGGGACGACCAGGGAAAACGGCAGUGGGAAACGUCAAAAAAAUAGAGCUCCGUUUCUCGCCAACGCUACAUUCUGCCGUGUGCUCAGUUCAGCAUUUGACGGAACAUGGCUUGUUUCUUCCAGACUGGAGUCGAGGAGGCACACUUCUCCAGCUUCAGUACGACCAGAGCAAACGACAAGAUCGGAGCUUUUUCGAUAAAAUGUUCUCGUCGGGCUCCUUCACCUUGCCGCUUGACGCCGUGGUGGAGUUCAAAAACAGCAACAUGUCCCGGUAUGCUCAGGGCUCCACCAGCAGGGUUCUCCAUCAAGAAGACAUUCUUUCGGACGUUUUACGGGUCAAGCUUGUGUCGCCAUUUUCGUACAAGGCCUUAAAAGAGGCGCUUUUCGGGCGCUACGUCAUCAAACUCGGCCAGGAGGCCGCCGUUCCUCGUCUCGUUAUCAGGCAAGUCAAAAUCACCAUCAUUCAGCAUCUCCGCUACUCGGGCUACCUGGAAAAAGAAGCCACGCAUCGGAUCCCGCUUGCAAAACACACCCAGUACCGGAAAGUCGAUUUCUCCAGGUUCCAGCGGGAAAACUACCCUGGUUACGAGAUAUUCCGGGAAAUCCCUAAAGAACACUCGUUUUUGGCCGCCCCACAAACAGCCUAUCUGUACGAGUUGCCGGCAGAAUGGCUAGAAUACGGUCUUUUCACCGACGAACAGUCCUUUGUGGCGCCGAAUAUCCAGUGUGACUACCUGCUUGAGUUUUCCAUCAAGGUCUUUUCGUCAGCUGAGCAGGGGAAGCACUAUGAUGUGGUUUGCGAGGCGCCGAUUCUUUUGGUUCCUCCUCGUCACACAGAUCACGAAGGUGGAGGUCCACCGGCUCCGUCCCAUGGAGGUCCCGUCCGUGUGGCUCCUUCUGAAGCAGAACCUGUCCGUGUGGCUCCUCUGGCAGAUGCCGAGGAAGCUCCUCCUUCGUACCAGGAGGUGAUGCAGAGCUCGUAG